AUGAUUUUGUCGAAAGUGUUAACUCGCGGCCAAACGGUGGCCAACCAUCUGAUGGUGCGAUCGGCGAUGCGAUUGAUGUCGAAGACGGCGAGUGGUGGCAGUCAUGGCGCUCAUGAGCCCAAUCCGGAGCUGUGGUGGAAGAUCUUCUUCUUCGUGUGUAUCCCAGCGAUAGGUCUGUCGGGACUCAACACCUAUUUGCUGGAGAAGGAACAUCACGAGCAUUACGUGCGCCCGGAGUUCAAGCCAUACGAGUACAUGAGGAUCAGGACCCGUCCCUUCCCGUGGGGCGACGGACAGCACACUCUCUUCCAUAAUCCCAAAUACAACGCUUUGCCCACCGGUUGGGAAGAGUUGCCCGAAGAGGACCACAAGAAGCACUAA